AUGCAGGAGGCAGGGGUUGGAUACUUUCGUACUCUCUUAACCUCUCAGCCGAUCGAGAUUUCUGAUGAUAUGCUCACUUCAAUCCCAUCAUUAGUCACUCACCAUGAGAGCUCUCUCACGACGGCCAUACCCACGGGAGAAGAGAUCAAGGAAGUAGUUUUCUCUAUGAGUAGACAUCGUGCACCCGGGCCCGAUGGUUUUCCAGCUGAUUUUUAUGUUUCAUGUUGGGAUAUCGUUGGCACUGAUCUCAUCCAGGCUAUCAAGGAAAUCUUUCGUCAUAAAGUCUUUACACGAAGUUGGAAGGCCACCUUCUUUGCACUUAUACCGAAGGUGACUACCCCAACUUCAUUUAGAGACUUUCGACCUAUCAGUUUAUGUAACGUGUGUUAUAAAGUUGUAUCUAAGAUCGUUACACGUAGAUUGAGUAGUUUCCUUGAUAGACUUAUAUCUCCAGAGCAAUGCGGAUUUGUCAAGGGAUAG